GCCUUUCUUCUUGCUGUGUGACAUGCUGCUGGGCCAGCCGGCGGGUGUGCGAGCGUGCGUGCGCGGUCGGACAGCACCAGGCUGCGGCGCCGCUCCCCUCGCAGCGUCCUUCACCCUGAACGCCUGGAGGCCUGUCAUGCGUGACGCAGCCCGACAUGCGCCUUGUUCCCCGCAUCUGCACGCCUGCUGAGCUGCACCUUCUCGCUGUGGCGAGGCUCUUGAAGA